AUGGAGCUCUACGCCGAUGUCAUCCCUCGCACUGCGGAGAACUUCCGUGCUCUUUGCACCGGAGAGAAGGGAUCUGGCCGGAGCAGCAAGGCCCUGCACUUCAAGGGAUCGUCCUUCCACCGCGUGAUCCUAGGAUGCAUGUGUAAGGGUGGUGAUUUCACUGCCGAAAAUGGUACUGGUGGCGAGUCGAUCUACGGAUCCAAGUUCGCCGACAAGAACUUCGUCAAGAAACACACUGGAGCUGAUUACAAUAAUGGAACUGCUUAUAAUCCCAUCUCAGGCAAUAGGAACAUUUGUAGCCUUAAUCUUGGUGAUCUAUUAUUGCCUGUGCAGAAACAAAACCGGCAAGGGAAAGGGCAGGGAAGGGAAACCCCAACACCAUCUGGUGCCUUGCCAAUUAUUGGUCAUCUCCAUUUACUUGGGGGAGAAAAUAAUCUUCCACGAAAGCUUGGAGCUAUGGCCGAGAAGUAUGGCCCAGCCAUCAUGCUCAAACUCGGCGUACAUCGGUCGUUGAUUGUGAGCAGUGCAGAGCUGAUCAAGGACUGCUUCACUACCAACGACAGGGUUUUAGCUACACGCCCUCAUUCCGCUGCAGGCAAAUACUUCUUCCACUAUGCUGUAUUUGCGCUAUCACCUUAUGGGUCAUAUUGGCGUGAGAUUCGUAAGAUGUCCACUCUUGAGCUACUUUCCAAAACUCGACUUGACAAGCUCAGGCAUGUUAGGAUCUCUGAAUUAGAUAUAUCCAUCAAAGAAUUAUACUCAAUUUGGGCCCUCAAAGGCAACAACAGUGACCGACCACCUAUAAAGGUGGACAUGAAGCAAUGGUUCGAACACCUUACUUUUAAUGUCAUCACCAAACUGAUUGCUGGGAAACGUAUUUAUGGCAACAAUAAUAUUGGUGCUACUGGAAAUCAUGAGGUUGAAGAGGCCGAAAGAUUUCGGAAAGCAAUGGCUCAAGCGUUGUAUAUAAUUGGGGUGUUUAUUGCAUCCGAUGCAAUACCCUAUUGCGAAUGGUUGGACUUGGGAGGACAUUUGAGAACCAUGAAGUCUACUAUUAAGGAAUUAGACUCUAUAAUUGGAAAUUGGGUGGAUGAACAUCUUCGUCGUCGACGCAGGAUCAUUAAGACACCAUCAUCGACGUCAUCAUCAUCGUCGUCUCGAGAUGAAGAAGAAGACGAAGGUCAGCUGGACUUCAUUGAUGUGAUGCUAUCCGUCAUUCCUGAGGAAAAUUUGAUGUAUAGUUAUGACCGUGAUACUGUCAUCAAGGCAACUGUAGUGCAACUCAUCGCAGGUGGCUACGAAACCACCUACCUCACCCUGACAUGGGCACUUUCUUUGCUACUCAACAAUCGCCAAGUGCUGAAAAGGGCCCAAGAAGAGCUGGACGUCCAUGUGGGUAGAGAGAGACACGUUGAAGAAUCAGACAUCAAGAACCUAGUGUACCUCCAAGCCAUUGUAAAAGAAACGUUGCGGCUAUACCCACCUUUACCUUUAUCAGUACCACACGAAGCCAUGGAAGACUGUCAAAUGGGGGGCUAUGAUGUCCCCAAGGGCACACGUGUGCUUGUUAAUAUGUGGAAGCUUCAUCGGGACCCUCAAGUGUGGGGAUCAGACCCUCAUGAAUUCAAACCAGAGAGGUUUCUCACUACACAUUCACAUGUAGACUUUAUGGGUCAGAAUUUUGAGUUCAUCCCUUUUGGAUCGGGCAUACGAUCAUGCCCAGGUAUCGCAUUUGCCAAGCAAAUCUUGCACUUGACUCUUGCUCGCCUGCUUCAAGGAUUCAAUUUUGAAACCCCUUCACAGGAACCAGUAGACAUGACUGAAGGCUUGGGCAUCACCAUGCCCAAAGCAACCCCACUACACAUCCUUCUCACCCCACGCCUUCCAUCUAAGCUUUAUAUAUGA